AGCUAGUCCCAAGUGUCAUGCAGCUGUGAAUGCUUUCUCUAUUCCUUUAUUGUUCUCGAGGGAUGCGAUUUGCCAAACAAAUAACCAGCUAGUCAUUGAACGAAAAACAAACUGCUGGAGGAGCUCUUAGUGAGGGGAAAGCAUCCAUGAGGGGAAAUGGACAGACAACAUUUUGGAUCAGGUCCCUUCUUCCAGACUGGGAGUCACUGACAGUCCUUUGUCGAGAGGCUUUUCUUUUGCUCAUUGUAGAAUCUCACCAUUUUAUUCUUGCGGGAUUUCUUUUCUUCCUCCAAAUAAUGCGAAUUUCUACUUCUGGCUUGGAGACCUUGAGCUGUUCCUUUGUAUGAGCUGGCCUAACUGGUUUGUGAUUUGAUAUUCUUGUUUCCAUAAAAUGGCUGCUGUUCAAUGGUCUUUAAAAGAGUGAAUCUGUAUGUUCUACUCGUUCUUUCGAAUAUCACUGAGACUCUUGAAUCCAGUGAGUCACUAAUGUCAUACCAGAUAGAUGAAAUGAAGGAAAGUGAAACUGAAGUGGGGUCAAUUAAUGAAAACGGCCAUGUCAAGCUGAUCAGUGGCCCAACUUCUUCCAACAUUUAUCACAAUGGCAACGUAAAAUCGUGUAAUGGAUCUACAAAUGGGAGCAUUGAUAUCUUGUUAUCCACAGGUAAUUCAGACUCUAGGAUGUUCCAAAGUUCAUCUCCUCAGAAGAUGGAUAAUUAUUAUGAUCAGAGAAACAUCAAUGGACAGGAGAGUAGGGAUAGCACAAGUCCUUCAAAAAAUAUGCAAGUAUUUUCAAGUCCAAGGAAGAAGGUCAUUUGGAGCUCUGACAAUAGACCCAGUUCUGUGAUAAUGAUGGGAAAUACUCCCACGUGGAAUGCCUUAUCAACCCUGAGGAAAAUGAGUUCCUUAAAAAAAUUUAAAUCUACAGUUUUUCAUGGAAUUCAAGUGAGAGAUAACUCUGCAGUCAGAAAUGUGGAAAAUGUUGAAAAUGAGCACAAACAUAUGCAAAAUGGCCAUGGCGUACAAAUGCAGAAUAAAUAUUCUUGCACAGAGACUUUACAGGACAUAUGUAGCUCUGCAGAUGACCGUGCCUCAGAUGGCUCAGAAACUGAAGACGUCGAUGAAGUCUUUUUGCGCCACACCCACCGAUCACGGAGCAUUAGACGUGCUUACAGGAUUGGACGGAUAAAUUUAAUUGACUAUGAUAAAUCUCCAAUUCAAGAGAACUCUACCAGCAUUGCGCCGCUUGGGGCCCAAGAAUCGAACGUUAGUGAUUCAAUGGUAACCAAUUGUAAAAACCACAAAGUUAUCUACAGAAGAAGCAAAAGCACUGAUAAUUUAAGCUUUUUCAAGAAAAGUUCCUUUAAAAGGAAAUCGGCCUGCAACUUUACAGAGUUAAAAGUAACCAAUGCAAAUGUAGAUUUAGGAAAAACAGCAAGCACUUCGGAAAACGAUGAGGACUCCACAGGCAAUACUAAAAUACAAUCAAAACAUUGGAGAAGCCCAGUCAGGACUAAAGGUUUUGACAGAAUGCUAAGAUUAGUGAGUAAUGUUACAGAAGGUGUAAAAAGGCGAGAAAGCCCUUCAAAGGAAAAUUCACCAUUAUAUGAACAAGGAAUCCGAUCUAAUAGCAGGCUGCAUGAUGAUUAUUCUCGAAGAGUUUCUAGUGGUGCUGACAGUGAAAGACACACAUAUAAAUCCAACUGGAAGAACGAUUCUUCUUCUCUGGAACCCUGUAGCCCAUCCACCACCAUAAGUGUUCCAAUUGUUAUCAUGGACAUGGAGAAAUCAUUGUCUUCACCAGAAUUUCAAAUCAAUAGACCUUCCCAAUGCUUCAGCAAAGCUGUAACAAAUCCAAGUGAUCUAAUUACCUGUUCUCCCAUUAGUCCCACGACUGAUGACGUUUUUUUUAACAAUUCAAGUGAAUCGACUCGGCUCAUAAUUAGAAAUGAACAGCCCAAAACACCUGACACAGCAGUGACUUCUAAACCUCAGAGUCCAUUCCAUUGUUCAAAUCAAUAUAGUAAUUUGUCUCUUAGCUCAACGGACAGCGAUGGACGAACUGAAGGAAACAUUCCAAAAACUGGAAGAUGUCCUGUAUCUUUUCAGGAUAUGGUGCAAACAGUAUACUUUGACGGCAAUGAGGACAGUGGCAUUAGCAGCUAUUCGCAGCUCAGUCUGAACACAAUGAUUUCGGAAAUGGAUGAAAAGAAAGAAGAGGUUUCCUCUGAAGACCUGUGGAGAAAGCCAUUAUCUUCAUUGGAAGAAGACAUUCUGAACACACAAAGAGUUGGUCAAAGGAGGUGGAACUGUGGAAAAGGCAGGCAGCGACAACGGCCCGUUUCAGACUAUGGCCAGUUUGCGAGCAGGAAGUUUUUUAUCCCAAAGAAUGAUCUUCCUGUUCAACCCCCAAACAUGGAUUUUACAGAUAGUGAGGACACUACUGAUGCAUCUUGUGUUGAUUCCCAGCCACAGCAAUAUACAAUUAUUCAGCAUCAUGAGAACCAAAAGAGAAGGCCCAUCUCUGUAAUUGGUGGAUUCAAUGUCUAUGAAAAUAACUCUGAGCAAAUGGAGGACCUUCUUACAGUACAAUCAGUUGUUCGACCACCCAUCCCUUCACACGAGAUACCACCAUACAAAGCAGUGUCUGCCAGAAUUCGACCGUUAACCUUCUCCCAAAGCACACCAAUUGGUUUAGAUCGGGUUGGACGGAGAAGACAAAUGAGGACAUCAAAUAUAUCUGCAGAUAGAGGCACAGAGAUUUCUGCUCUGGUUGAUGACAAUGGCAGUGAGGAGGAUUUGUCAUAUGGGGAAAUAAGUCGAGCAAAUCCCAGAUACCUUCAACCUGGUGGGGAACAACUUGCUGUAAAUGAGUUGAUAAGUGAUGGCCACGUUGUAUGUGCAGAGGCGCUCUGGGAUCAUGUCACCAUGGAUGAUCAGGAGCUUGGAUUCAAGGCUGGAGAAGUCAUCGAAGUACUUGAUGCCUCCAACAAGGAAUGGUGGUGGGGCAUGAUUGAUGAUAAAGAAGCCUGGUUUCCGGCCAGCUUUGUUCGACUACGGGUGAACCAGGAGGAUGCCAGAGGUGAAUACACUGGAAAAUCUCCGGAUGAACAGUUGGAUACUCACUGCGGUAAACAUCGCCUUCACAAAAGCGCUGAAAACAAAGAGCAGAUGCGAACAAAUGUAAUCAAGGAGAUCAUGAAUACUGAACGAGUCUACAUUAAGCAUCUGAAAGACAUCUGUGAGGGAUAUAUUCGUCAAUGUCGCAAACAUACAGGGAUGUUUGCUGAAGCACAGUUGAGUACCAUUUUUGGGAACAUUGAAGAGAUUUACAAAUUCCAAAGGAAAUUUCUGAAGGACUUGGAGAAACAAUUCAAUAAAAAUGAACCUCACCUGAGUGAAAUAGGAUCCUGUUUCCUUCGACACCAUGCCGAGUUUGGGAUAUACUCUGAAUAUUGCAACAAUCAUUCCAGUGCAUGUCUCGAGCUAGUUAAACUAAUGAAGCAAAGUAAAUAUCGGCACUUUUUUGAGGCUUGUCGACUGCUUCAACAGAUGAUUGACAUUGCAAUUGAUGGCUUCCUUCUAACUCCAGUGCAGAAGAUUUGUAAAUACCCACUCCAGCUUGCUGAAUUGCUCAAAUACACCACCCCAGAUCACAGUGAUUAUGAGAGCAUCAGUGCUGCCUAUGAGGCCAUGAAGAACGUGGCACAUCUGAUUAACGAAAGGAAAAGGCGAUUAGAAAAUAUAGAAAAGAUUGCUCAGUGGCAAGUCUCCAUUGUAAAUUGGGAGGGACAAGAUGCUUUAACUAGAAGUUCAGAAUUGAUCCAUUCUGGAGAGUUGACUAAAAUCUCAAACCAAGGAAAGAGCCAACAGAGGACUUUAUUUCUUUUUGACCAUCAAUUGAUUCUCUGUAAAAAAGAUAUGCUGAGACGAGAUAUGUUGUAUUACAAUGGCCACAUCGACAUGGAUGAAAUAAAAGCAGUGGAUGUAGAGGAUGGCAAAGACAAAGAUUUUAACAUUCACAUAAAAAAUGGCUUUAAAUUGAAAAGUCCAACAGAGGAAGUCCACCUAUUUUGUGCCAAAAAGCCAGAAGACAAACAACGAUGGCUGCAGGCAUGUAUAGACGAAAGGAAAAGAGUAGACGAGGAUAAAGAAAUGGGAUUUGAAAUAGCAGAGAGUCAGAAGAAACAAGCUAUGUUAAAUGCCAAAAAAUCCAGUCAUGGGAAAAUGAAGGGACUGAAUUAUAGCGGAUUUUCUGUUCCUCCUCUCCACCAGUCCCUUCACCCACUCCAUCAGCGACACAUCACCGUGCCUACCAGUAUUCCCCAACAACAAGUUUUUGCACUGGCUGAGCCCAAACGCAAACCAUCUCCAUUCUGGCACAGCUUUAGCAAAUUAACCUCCUUUAAGAAAUGAAAAGGAAUUUGGUUUCGAUGAGGUUAAAAACUAAAUCAAUCACAAGAGAUUGACAGUUGUGGGAAGACAAUUCUGAAAAUAGUUGAACAAGAAAAGCCAUCAAGUGCGAAUCAAGAUUGUGCUUCUACUCUCUGCACUGCUCAAUUGAACUAUUGAAGUCUUUCUGAUAACUAAUCAGCCAGGCAAGCAGGCAGUCACCAAAAACAACAGUUCUAAAUGUACUGCAUGAUGAAUUGAUAAUAUAGUUUAACAUAUAUUGCAGGUUAUUUUGCAAAUAUUUCCUUAAUAUGAAUGACACCAUUAUUGAGGACAGCUUCACCCUUUCCCAUCUUUACAUUGGUACAAGAUAUGUUAGUUAAUCAUGUGGUACAUCACUUGCCUUGAUAUUUUAUAGAAAUGAAAAUGUCCAUGUACCAACCGAGGUAAAUCACAAGCCCUGGCUCAAUGUCAGGGUUUUUUUCCAGUCUUUUAUUGCCGUGUGACAUGUUACCAAAAUGUACAUAAACACAUGUUCGUAAACUUUAUAUGUGCUUUAAAUAAAGACAGUUGCUGAUGGAUUCCUUCACAAAAACAGCUAAUCUCAAGGGAAAUAAAGUAUUUUUUGCCUGAAUUAUAUUUUUAACUUAUCAAGGCCUUAAGAUGUAUUGUUUACUUGCAUUGAAAGCACAAUAGAAAUGUUCUUCCUCUUGCUGCAUGUAACUCAGCAAUCUCAAUGGAAAGGAAAUAUAAUUCUCACCAUUCCACAAGAAGAAUACCAAAACAAGCACACAAGACUCAUCGCCUUUGUUUUUAUUUUAGUGAUCAUUGUAAUUAUGGCAUGAACUGUGAGCACCAAAACCAUGCUAUUGCCUCCCAAUUCUACUCAGUAUGUGUCUCGGUGAAUACAAUAUCAGCUAUGGAAUUGCUUCAUGUUUCUGGAAAUGUAAUCCAGCCAUAGAUGGUCUGAUGAUACAGCUAACUUAUCAGGAUUAUGAAUUUUUUGCAAGUAUUUUAUAAAGUCUUGACUUUAAAAUAUACUUUAAACAAAAUAGCAAUGUUUGUUUUUUUCACUAUUUACUAAUUUAUUGUGCAAGUGAUGCCUUAAAAUUGAAUGGCAUUAAAAAAUGUAUUUAUAACAAAAACAUUUUGAAAAGCAUCUUUUACGUUACAGAGGAAUGUAGGGGACAUGUUAUUAUCAAGCUAUAGUACUAGUUUUCUGCACUAAAGUACAUUAGCCAUAGUAUCUAAAAACAAUAUAAUGCUCUCCCCUUCAUUUCACAGUGUCUGGUCACUGGAUACUUCCAAAUUAUUUGCAAUAUAUACAAAUUGGUCUGUACAUACUGAGGGCGUAUGUAUCCAGUACUAGUUUUCUUUUUGUGACAUUUAACUAUCAUAUAAUAGUAAUGGCUGGGAUGUGUUUAUGUGCAUUCUUAUGACCAAUUGACAAUGUACAAUAUUAGUACUUAAAGCAUAAAUGUACAUAGCUGAUGUAACUAUUUUUAAGCUUGUUUGGUUUUUAUUGAUGCAGUAAGUAAUUUAUCUGCAGUUAAUGUAGUAAAAACAAUUGCUAAAAUCAUUUAUUUUGGUGAAAUAAAUAUGAUUUUCUCA